UGGCCAACCUUGCGAAUAACAAAGUGUUAUUUUGCUCAGCCGGGUGCAAAGACAGUAUAACAAACGUGAAAGAUGUGUUACGCUGCAACUCCGAGACGUGCCAGAAGGUUUUUCAUAGGUUGUGUAUAACCUCAAAUACCUUGUCAACAAACGAAAAGUCGAACUGGACAUGCCCUGACUGUAAAGCGGCAUCGAAAAAAGGAGGCGAUAACUCGACGACCCCCAUCCGCAGCCAACAGGUUGACAAUAAUAAUAUAACUAUGCGUAAGAAAGUCAUACAACAACCUCAAAAACCUGUUGAAUCAACGGCUUCGCAGUCGCCGUCGACCUCAGAGACGAAAAUGCCGGCGGCGGUCAUUUCGGACGAAAUAGAAAGCAGCCUCACUCGGGAAUUACAGUUGUUUCGUCAUGAACUAGCUGGAGUGCGUCAACAAUUGAGUGCCAUCAAUAUAAAUUUGGAAAAAUUAACAAAUACAGUGAGUGGCUUGGACGUCCGUAUGAGCAGCCUCGAACAGAGGGUCCAGGUAUUGGAGGAGCAGCCCGCGCAGCCUGCCGGCGUACCGAGCGCCGUUAAGGAUCUCAUGGACACCGUAGACCGCCUAAAACUCGAACUUAAUGACCGGGACCAGGAGCUCCUAUCCAACGACGUGGAAAUAACGGGUUUAUUAGAAACAAACAACGAGAAUCCGGUUCACUUGGCGGUAAUGGUGGCACAGAAGCUGGGUGUGGAGCUGGAGCCGCAAGAUGUGGUCAGUGCAGAACGCGUCGGUAUGAGGCGCGCGCCGAGCGACGGCGCCGGAGUCCAGGGCGGCGACGGUUCCGCCGGGCGCCCCCGCGCGCUGGCGGUGCGGCUCACACGGCGCGUCCACAGGGAUAACUUACUGCGCGCGGCCCGCCGGACCCGCGGCGCCGACACUUCCGGCUUCAACCUGCCCGGCCCAUCACGUAGAUUCUACGUUAACGAGCGUCUGACGCGUACCAACCGACAGCUAUUUUAUAAAGCUCGCCAGGAAGGAUCCCGCCUAAAUUGGAGAUACAUCUGGACUCGUGACGGCAGAAUAUACGCCAGGCGCCAACCGGACACUUCGUCUCAUAGGGUGCGUUGUGAAAGUGAUCUCGAAAAGGUUUUUGGUGUUUCACCUAUUUGA